AUGGCUCGUACGAAACAAACUGCAAGAAAGUCAACAGGCGGAAAAGCUCCACGGAAAACUAUGCUGACGAAAGCUGCACGAAAGACAGCAGCUCCAGCAACAGGUGGUGUUAAAAAGCCUCAUCGGUACAGACCAGGUACGGUUGCUCUGCGAGAAAUCAGACGUUACCAGAAGUCAACAGAUCUUUUGAUUCGGAAAUUACCGUUCCAGCGGCUGGUGAGAGAAAUUGCUCAAACCUACUGUAUUUCCUUGAGAUUUCAGACAUCUGCUGUUAUGGCUUUACAAGAAGCUUCUGAAGCGUAUUUAUGCUCAAUGUUCGAAGACACAAAUCUCUGUGCAAUUCACGCCAAAAGAGUAACAAUUAUGCCCAAAGACAUGCAACUAGCUAGAAGAAUACGAGGCGAACGUUCUUAA